UUCUCUUUUUCCUCUCGAACGGGCCGCACGAACGGAUCGCUUUCUCCAGCAUGGAUCUAUACUACCUGCCUCUGGUCAGCGCCUGCCGCACCGUUCUCAUGGUGGCCAAGGCCCUGGGUCUCGAUCUAAACAAGAAGCGGGUGAACACCCGGACGGGAGAGCAGCUGAAUCCGGACUUCAUCAAGAUCAACCCCCAGCACACGAUCCCCACCUUGGUGGACAACGGAUUUACCCUCUGGGAGUCGCGUGCCAUCGCCGUUUACCUGAUCGAACAGUACGGAAAGGACGAUUCGCUCUAUCCCAAGGAUGUUAAGAAGCAGGCGGUGAUCAAUCAACGCCUCUAUUUCGACAUGGGCUCCAUGUAUCCCUCGCUGGCCAACUACUAUUACAAAGUGUUUUUCACCGGCCAGAAUGGCACUGAAGAAGACUUCAAGAAGAUCCAGGAGACCUUCGAUUUUCUGAACACCUUCCUGGAGGGCCAAGAGUACGUAGCCGGUGACCAAUACACCGUGGCCGAUAUCGCCAUCCUCUCCAGCGUUUCUACAUUCGAUGUCCUCGAUUUCGACAUCAGCAAAUAUCCGAAUGUGGCCAAGUGGUACGCCAAGGUCAAGGAGAUUACUCCUGGCUGGGAGGAAAACUGGGAGGGCGCCCAGGAUGUGAAGAAAAGUAAUCGCAAUCCCAACAUGGAUUUCUACUACUCCCCUCGUGGCAGUGGAUGUCGCACCGUUAUCAUGGUGGCCAAGGCCCUGGGCUUGGAGUUGAACAAGAAGCAGCUGCGCCUCACGGAGGGAGAGCACCUGAAGCCAGAGUUCCUCAAGCUCAAUCCCCAGCACACCAUUCCCACAUUGGUGGACAAUGGAUUCUCCAUUUGGGAGUCCCGCGCCAUCGCUGUCUAUCUGGUGGAGAAGUACGGCAAGGACGAGUCCCUCUUCCCCAAGGAUCCCUAGAAACGUGCCUUGAUCAACCAGCGCCUUUACUUCGACAUGGGAACAUUGCACGAUUCCUUCAUGAAAUACUACUACCCCUUCAUCCGAACUGGACAUCUUGGAGCUGCCGAGAAUUUUAAGAAGGUCGAAGCUGCCUUUGAGUUCCUAAACAUUUUUCUGGAGGGACAGGACUAUGUGGCUGGUGAACAUUUCACAGUGGCCGAUAUUGCCAUCCUCUCCAGCGUUUCCACUUUCGAAAUAGUUGAGUUCGACAUCAGCAAAUAUCCAAAUGUGGCCAAGUGGUACGCCAAUGCCAAGAAGGUUACUCCUGGAUGGGACGAAAACUGGGAGGGCUUGCUGCAAAUGAAAUCGAUGUAUGAAGCUCAAAAGUCCUCUGCAAAGUAAAAAUGUGUUAAUAUU